GAAAAUGGCGUUCGUGCUGCCGAAGAAGGCGGGCGUGUCCCUCAAGCAGGUGAAGAGUGUCCUGGUCCGAUUUUGUCCCUUCGAGUCCAAUGUGGAAAGCACCAGACAUUUCCUUCAAUGCCUGUAUGUAAAGAAAGCAUACACAUCCAACCUCAACUGUAACGUGAAAACAGAUAUAAAACACGAUGGAUCUGAACCAGUAAUAGACGUUACAUUUGCCGAUGGCGACAGAUUGAUUAUGAAAGGAGCCAAUUUAACGGUUAAAGAAAUGUUAAAGGCAUUCAACUCUAGAUGUGAAACCAAAGAAUGCAUAGCAGAAGAGAAGUCUCAGAAAAAGAGUUCCUGAAAGCCAACGAAGGAACAAUAAGCAUGCUUAAUAUGAGCAUGUCAAAAUUGGCAUAGAACUUCUUCAUUCAGAAAGAUGGCAAGGACUUUACCGAUAACUGAAAGAAGUGUGGGUAGAUGUGGACAGAAGCCUGACUGGUUCUGACAGAUAGCUGAAUUAUUUCUUUAAACUUCUGGUUAUAGAUGACGUUCUAAUGUAGCUUUUGUACAAACAUCUAGUAUUGGUUCUCAAAGUUGUUCAAGUAUGUGAAGAGUCCAUUGCAUUCAAUCAUGUUUUUACCAUCCAACUGGCAAAAUGCUGUGUUUGUGUCCACACAUGCUAAUUAUUAAAGUUUUAAACAUGUA